CACGGGCUGCCCUGCAGCUCCGCUUUCAGGGGAUCAGACAGGCAAGAAUUGUAUGUGGUUGCCAUGGCAGCAGCGUUCCAGAGCUGCUGGGAGCUGUGCGGGGGGGGGCCCUCUCCGUCCCUCCACCCCAGGGAGCAGGGAAUGGCAGCAAAGGGCUUUACAGGUGCCCCCUUUGGCACUCAGACAGUCAGAUUUGAUGUGUCAGCAGUUUAUCCAAAUUGUAAGAAACCUGGUACAUAUACACAGGCACCCUACUGCAAAAAAGUGUCUUCAGAAUUGGGCAGAAAGUUAGGCCCAGGCACCUACAAUAUUGACUAUGGAAGCGUUAGUUCCUCUAUGCUGCAGGAGAAGGCUUCAAAUUCUGGCUGGGCCAGAGCACAGGAAGUGGCACGACUUACCCAGAUGCCUCAUUUUAAUUUUAAGGAGACAUUGAAGAAAACCAAGUAUCUGAAAGAAAAAUUGGGCCCAGGAACUUACAACAUCAAAGAUUUUCUGCAAGAGACCCGACCUUCAAGUAUCAGAGGAGCCUGCGACACUGGAGAAGAGAGGUUUAGAGACUUAAUUAGGGAUUGCUACCCUGGCCCUGGGUCUUAUGGCAAGAAUGGAAACCCUUAUGCCCUGAUUGAGGAGAAGGAGAGACGCUUGACAAAUGCUCAAGGGAUAAUGGACAGCAAAACUGAAAAAUCCGACUUUCCGUCUGCUGCGGGAAGUGGUUUGGGGCCAGCCACCUACAAUCUCAAAAACGGUACCGAUGAGAUGUUGAAACAAGUGAUCAGUAAUCGUGGCCCGUAUGACACCUUCACAGGAGACAGGUCAAAGCCUAUUAUCUGUGGACAUUACGCUGUGGAAAAGAAGUGCCUCGAACUCGGCACCAGCAAUGUCAAGAGCUUUGUGGAAGAGCUGAACACCAAGGACAGAAAGAAAAAAGGCAUUUUCAGCACCCUACCUCGGAACCCCGGCUGCCCCUCAGAGCGGAUCUUCUGGGCCACGCUCAGCCAGUGUCCACGCGCCACGUAUGCCGUAGGACCAGGCUCACAUGAUCCAAAGCAUGUGGAGCGAUCAGAGUACUUCAAUCAACCGCCAUUUUGGUCGUCUGCCGAAAGAGUCGACAGGAAGGCAUACCGCCUCUUUAUUGGAAACACGAACCCAGUUGGUGUUGGUCGUUAUGACAUCAGAAAACAAGAUAAGUGCAAGUGGAAUCCUAGAUACCGGUCACUUUACCAGUGUGAAACACACCGUUAUCUGAGUAACCUGGAGCAGGAUGCCAUCUUACAAAAGCGGAUCAACCCUGUUAAUAGAAGGCCUUGGAACAAUUUGGUUUCUGCUACAAGUGAUCCAGAUACUUCUGAACAAGUCAAUGCUGCGACUUAAAACUAAGUGCAUGCUGUCAAGCAGAAGGCAGGUGGAAACACUUUUACUAAAGAUUAUUUGUAAGAAGGAAAAUACUUGCCACGUACAGUAAUAGAGCUGCAUACAAGUCUAAAAGUACCUACAAUUUUGCUCUGCAAAAACAAACUUAAAACCCAUCAGCAAUCUUACCUUUUCUUUCUGUGAUUAUAAUUAUUUUCACCUCUCUGUGUAUACAUGGCAUAAUUUAUGAAGAGGAUAUCGGGCAGGAUUUUAGAUAGGUACAUUGUCUUUGUCAAAAUAGGAGUGCUAAUAGGUAGCCCUUUGACUAUUAAAUACUUCCUUUUCCAUUAAAUUGCUUCAUUCAAGAAAUUGCAUGUUUUUUGUACCAUCGAUGCAGUACUGUUAUGACAAUAGAUUUUGUUCUCACACCAAGCAACAGAAUUGGCCUAAGUCAGUACUGCUCAAGUGGAGUUGCAUUCCUCAAAGUACAUGUGUUACAUUGAUUAAAAAAAGAGAGCCCUCUCAUGGCCAAACGAACUGGUGUAUAUUUCAGUAACAAGCUAAAAUCCUUUCUUACAGCCUACUUAUUCAGUAAAGGACUGAGAGGGGACAUACCAUACAUAGCAAAUCUGCUAACACAAAGCAGUAGUUUUACACAGGCUAGAAGUGAAUCUAGAACAAUACUUCAUUUCAUUUUCUGUUUUUCUUUCUGGGAAUAAUUAAAGAUUCUUACCACAGCUUUAAAGCAAAUAAAAUAUUAAACACUAGAAGAGUUACUCGCCAUCACCCGGGUCCACAUGUGGCCCAGCACAGCGCUGUCCGGAGGGUGGGGGAUUCUGGGGCUGCCAAGGGCUCCCCAGAGCCAUGUGCCCAGGUGGCUGCAGUGUGGGCCAUGCUGGUCAGCUGGUGGCAGCCCCCUGGGGCCAGCAGGGUGGCAGGGGCUGUGCUGCAUGUUUAGGUGCCCCUAUGCAGCUCUGUGCCCAGGGCUGCAGCAUUUCUUCCUGAUCCCACCUGCAUGUGCUGUUGGCCAGUGGCUGGGUUCCUGCUGCCUGACUGGCUGCAGAAAGAAGCCCCCAGCCUCUGCAGCUCCAUUCUGGCCCCAGGGAAGACUCCGAGUCCUGGUAAGCUGCAGGGAUGGGAGCAAGGGGUAUGGGGAGAAGGAAGCCCCAGGCUCCCUGCAGGAGUGGUGCAGGAGGUGGGAGGGAAGUACCUGGAUCCUGGUAGAAGCUGGGAGGGACCCUCAGUUGCAUAGAGCCCAAUAAUUUGUAAGGAUGGCCCUGCGUUUUGGGGCCUGGAGGCCAGUACAGGAAGGGUUGAACCCUGGCCAGCACAGGAACCUCACCUGUGGAUAGCAGCUUGGCCAGCAACGUGCAGAGCUCCUCCCGCAGCUGGCCUUGCUUUAAGUUAGGAUAAGAAGAAGCUGCACACCACAUUUGGGGGUCCUAGAUCUUACUAAAAUAUAUAGAUAGAUAUCCUUGUUUUAUAUAAAACAGACACAGAAGCAACAUGACUUAUCCAAGUCACACAGCACGUCAGUCUCAGGAGGGAGAACAAAAGCCUAAAUUCAUACUCUUACCUAUCAGACUAGCUAUGUAUACAAGGCAGGCAAUUACAGCUAGAACAGGGCUGGCAGUCAAAUCAAUAGGGUUAUCUUGCUAAUAUCUCUGGUCAGGGCUGUUGCCCACUCUGGCAAUCCAAGUGCAGAAGGUGGGGGGCCCACAAGAGACCUUAAAAUUCCUUGCCUCUAUAGGCUCUGCUUAUAAAAACUCCUCAGAGUCACAGAUUCACUGGCACAGGAAGAUAGGCUGCCACCAUCAAGUGAAUUAAAAACCCUGAAAACCAAGAACUACUUCCCAAAGGGUACCCCAAGCUCUUAGGACAAGAGAGCCUGAAAAAAACCCCACAGGAAACAAACUGCAAUUCUGAUAACUGGCCCUUCAGUUUAGGCAGGCACACUCACAGACCUCCUGUUACCUUCUCGACAAGAAUCAAAUCAUCAUCUUUAAAAGGGUGAUUUUAUUAACAAAACAAAAAGAUAGACUUGAUAAAGCAUACUUGGUUGCUAGGUGUUACAUCACAACUGCAAAAAGAACAGAUCAAAAUCCAGAGAAAAAAUGGUAUCUCUGGCAUAGCUAAGGUACAGUGAAUAGGGGGAGGGAGGCACAUGGACUUCACACAGAGAAGUUUAACUGAACAGCAAAGAAAAAUACCCUGAUCAUGA